UGCCGAUUGAUUAUGUUUGGUUCUGGGAUACAGGCUGUCCCAAUUGACAGGUUUCUAUCGCGUGCUUGAUAGAGAGUUGUCUUAUCGGUGACGAAUGACGAUCGAGAAUUAAUCUGGAACUGGACUUUAUUGCCGUGAAGGCGUUAAUUGCAUGUGCCAUGAAAAGACUCUGGCAACGAUUCUUCGGUGUCAGAGUAGGUUGCGGCUCUGAUCGGUGAGCAUCUUCUGCAGCCGGUACUUGUUGCACUUACAAUUAGUAAUUUCUAGUUCAAAUAAGAAAAAUGGGACUCUUUGCCAAGACUUUUGGGAUACAGCAACCGGAAAGUGAGCGUUUGCGGGGCAUAGAGACUGAGACCGAGUACCGGCAACGAUGGAUUUCUAUACGAGUGAUGUAUUUUACCGCGUAUUUGGUGUACGUAGGAUUUGGAAUUGCAGCAACCUGUUUGUGGCCGUAUUUGAGAACUCUGGAUCCGGAAGCUGGAAAGGUGUUUUUGGCUUAUUUGUUUGCAAUGCCCUCUGUUUUGCAGCUUGUGGGCAGCCCGGUGCUUGGUUGGUGGAGUAACAAAUUAUCUUCCGUUAGAUAUUUGAUAAUUCCAUUCCUGGUAUGCUUCAUCGUUGGACAAAUAAUUUACGCGCUUGCAGAGGAAUUUUCGAGUCACCAAAAAUAUGUGAUUUUGACAUCAAGAGUGUUGGUGGGAGUUUCGAUGAUAUCCUGCUCCAUUUACCGCUCUUACAUAUCCGCGGCUACUACCGUGGCCGAGCGAACUCGUACAACGUCGUAUCUGUCGUUAGCGCACGUAGCUGGCCUGUUGAGUGCCUCGGUUCUGCAACCGUUUUUCUCUGCUCUGGGGGAAGAAGGAUUCCGCAUUCCAGGAUUAUUUCGUAUCAAUAUGCACACCUCGGUGGGCUGGUUUUGUGCACUGCUAGGAGUCAUAAAUUUGAUUCUAAUGAUGCCAUUCAUUUUUAAAGAUUUCAACAUUGCGUUGAAAGAGGCAACCGUGACUAAUGGGACAGGUUUAACGAAAAACCGUGCCCACCUGAUGAAGCUGCGAGGGCUACCGAUCACCCUAAUGUGCGUGGCUUUCGCUUUACUGAUGUUCGUUUAUGCGGCGUUCCAAACACUCCUUUCCCCGGUAGCUCUGGAUCAGUUCGGCUGGACCAACGAAGAAUCAUUGUUCUACCUAGGUAUUUUAAUGACAGCCGGUGCCCUAAUAUCCUGUGUGUUGUUCCUCUUGCUGGACCCAUUGUGCAAACGUUUCGGCGAAACCAAUGUCCUUGUGUAUGGCGCUAUGUUAGCGCUGUUCCUUAGUCAAUUGUUGAUGAUUCCGGUUGGGUCGACAUCAAUUAGUGAUUCAGUGGAUUCCGUUAAUGGUACCAUUGGCUGUCCUAUAUCUCAGGAAUGGUGUCAGUCAACACCGCCCGUUAGCAUAGCACAAUUUACGAUUUCGUAUACUCUGUUGUGUGUGUCAUUUUCCAUCGGAACAACGCUGAGUCAGGCAGUAUUCUCGAAGCUGCUCGGUCCACGCCCUCAGGGAACGUGGAUGGCACUGUUGACCUGUGCGGGAAGUGCGGCUCGAAUUGUAGGUCCUGGUUCUGUCACUUUGUAUGUCAUACUAGGAACGUACUGGACAUUCGGAGCAAGUGCAAUACUCUGUGGAGCGAUCUUCCUCUGGAUGUGGGUGUAUCGAAAUAGCUUACAACCGACACCGCCGCCUACGGCAGAUACAGCAGAAGAACUCAAAGUACUUAAUACUAAACAAUAGUAGGUCCGACUAAAGUAGCUGUGAUCUAUAAUUAUAUAAUAGUGAAUAAAUUCAUUUUAC